AUGAAGUACGGUUUAAAUAGUUUAGUGUUUGCUGUUGCUAUUGUUGGGGCGUUGCUGCUUCUGCCCAAUGUGCAUUGUGUGAAGCUUAAGGAAAAGUUCAAGUGGCGCGAAGUAUCGUUCGCCUGGCCUUCAGAGGCUGCCAAGCAGGACGCAUUGAGUUCCGGAAAAUAUAUUGUCCACAAUAAUCUUCCCCUGGGCCUGGAGCGCUGGCGGGAUAAACUGUUUAUCACUGUUCCAAGAUGGAAAUCUGGCGUCGCCGCAUCACUGACAUACGUUAACGUGUCUGAUGGAAUGAGUCCCGAUUUGCACCCUUACCCAGGAUGGGACGAAAAUGAACUUCCUACAGAGCGCAAUGGAGCAUCAGAUGAAGAAGGUUCAAAAUAUUUGAAAAAUAAUGCAACCAUCAUUUCUACAUUUCGCGUCCGUGCUGACGAAUGCGAUCGCCUGUGGGUAAUGGACACUGGACUGGCCGAUAUUCUUGGGGACGCUGUUCAAUACGCGCCUCCUUCGCUUGUGCUCUUUGAUUUGUACACGGACAAGCUUAUUCGACGCCACUUUUUCAACAGCACACUGCUUAAGGAAGAUUCAUUCUUUGCGAAUGUCAUCGUUGAUACCGAGCGUGGAGAUUGCGACAAUGCUCACGCUUACAUUCCCGACCUGGGAAGCUACGCGGUGAUAGUGUACUCUUUAGCAGAAGAUCGAUCGUGGCGCGUGAAGCAUAACUUCUUCCAUUUUGAUCCACUCGCGGGCGAUUACAACAUCGGCGGAGUAAAUUUCCAGUGGACGGAUGGGGUGUUUGGUAUGGCUGUGGGAAAACGCCUGCUUGACGGUACCAGGCCCGUGUAUUUCCAUGCUUUCUCUAGCACGAAGGAGUUUAUGGUGUCAAACACGGUGCUGAAAAACGAAUCGUACGCCCAAAGCCCCCAGGCAUACUAUGACUACAAAUUAUUGGGCGAUCGUGGACCAAACUCGCAGUCUUCGGCCGAAUUCUAUGACUCCGAAACGGGUGUUAUUUUCUACACGCAGGUUAAUAAGGACGGUGUCGGCUGUUGGAAUACGAUAAUGCCGCUAAAUGCUGACACCCAAGGUCUGGUUGAUUCAGACAGUGAUGCGCUCGUGUUUCCGAACGAUCUGAAAGUAGACAGCGAGGGAACACUGUGGGUACUCUCUGAUCGAUUGCCUAUGUUUAUUUUCACAAGUUUGGAUGCCGAUCAGUACAACUACCGUAUUCUAGUAGGAGAAACGCGAGAUAUCAUUAAAGGAACGCCGUGUGAUAAGUGA